GUUUAAUCAUGUCAGCAUUGGAUAAGAAUUUGCUUCGUCUAAAAUAUAACAAAUUAACUCCACGACCAAUUGGAUUACCAAGUGGAAGUGCCAAUCGAUCUGUUGGUAACAACGCUUCUCGUUUUAAGCGAGACUAUAAGCCGAUUGAUUAUAAAGAUUAUUUUGAAUGUUUCAAGACAAUUAAUCUAACUGAUUCUGGUGAAGAUUCUUUCAGAGUUUAUUUAUCUGGUUUCCAGAAAGAUUCAACCUCAUCCUCCCUGGUUUUGGUUCUUUUACAUGGCGGCGGUUAUUCGGGUUUAACUUGGUCGUUGUUCACUAAACAUAUCAGAGAAUUGUGUGUCUGUCGUGUCAUAGCGAUCGAUUUAAGAGGCCACGGUGGGUCAUCUUGUAAGAACGAGACUGACCUAUCGGUUCCCACAUUGACCAGUGACAUUGGAAAAAUAGUUAAAGCUGUUUUGGAUGAGAAAAAUGAAGACAUCGAUUUACCACCGAUCGUAAUUAUUGGCCACAGUAUGGGAGGAGCACUUGCUGUCCAUUGUACCCAUCAAUUAAUGGAGAUACUACCAUCCAUUUUAGGAAUAAUUGUAAUCGAUGUCGUUGAAGGAACAGCAUUAGACGCAUUACAAUCAAUGCAAUCAGUUUUAAAAGGAAGACCAAAAUCAUUCCAAAGCCUCGAAAACGCUAUUGAAUGGUGUCUCAAAAGUGGACAAACACGGAAUCUUGAAGCAGCCCGAAUAUCGAUGCCUGGACAAUUGAAAAACUUAAUCACUGGAGCCCCAGCAACUGAUGAUGUGAUCGAUAAACUGUCCACUAGCACGAGUGAUCAAGAAGAAUCCGAUAGUUCAUCAAGUGGUAGAAGAUUAUUUGAUUCUGAUGAUCAAAUACCUGAAGAGAAUGAACCAGCUGAUGAAAAUGAAGAUUCAGAUGAUGUAAAUAAAAGUAAAUCGUCGACAUCAUCAUCACUUGAAACAUCAAUCGAAGAAAAGUCACCCGAAAUGUCCGAAUCACCGAAACAAUCUGAUGAUCAUCAGAAAACUGAAUAUACCUGGAGAAUCAAUUUAUCCAAAUCAGAACCCUAUUGGAAGAGUUGGUUUCAAGGUCUUUCUGAACUAUUUCUCAGCUCCCCUGUUCAUGGAAAACUGUUACUUCUCGCUGGAAUUGAUAAUCUCGACAGGCAAUUAACCAUCGGCCAAAUGCAAGGGAAAUUUCAACUACAAGUACUACCCCAAUGUGGUCAUGCAGUUCACGAAGAUGUCCCGGAAAAGGUCGCUGAUACAAUAGCCACGUUUCUAGUCAGGAAUCGAUUCACUGAAGCAAUUAAGGAGUUCGAUCGUCCAUUUCCAUCAUGCUAAUUUCCACGAUUUUCACCCUGAUCUUAAAUCAAUUCAAUGCCAAAAAUGUCGCUAUUUUAAUCAUCGCUCAUUUUCACUUGAUUCAUUAUCAAUUAAAUUUCUCAUGUGUCUAGGUACAAAUUGAUUAUUCGUUGAAAUAAUCUAAACGUUUAUGAUUGAUUGUCAAUCUUACCAUUUACUUAAUUAAAUGUAAAUCAUGAUGAUGAAAAUCCA